AUGGCCAAGAUGGGUCGACGAGCUCGCCAGGAUUCCUUUCCUGAGGAGAAUCGUCUCAGCAGGAAGAAUUCCUCUGCCACUUCUACUGGAGAGGGCCCCCCACCUAAACCCCCACGCCGGCAAGGAGGCUGGGCAGAUGAUCCUGUAAUGGCACCUUCCAAAUCAGGACGGAAAACUGCAGAAGAAGUAGAAGAUCAUCGCCUCAGGCAGCAGAGCCUGGAGGGAUCAGAUGAUGGAGGAGAUAUUCCUGUGAUCCCGGACUUGGAGGAAGUACAGGAAGAAGAUCUCGCUAUGCAAGUGGCGGCUCCACCCAGUAUCCAGGUGAACAGAGUGCUGACCUUCCGUGACCUGGACAAUGACCUCAUGAAGUAUGCUGCCUUCCAAACCCUGGAUGGAGAGAUUGACCUGAAGCUUCUCACCAAGGUUCUGGCCCCGGAACAGGAAGUACGAGAGGAGGACGUCCUCUGGGACUGGGACCAUCUCUACAUGGAGGUGUCUUCAGAACUCGUGACUGAGUGGGACGUGGGACAGUCUGAGAGAGAUGAGCCCUUGGGUCAGUCCAAGAAUAUCUGAGCUCUGGUCAGCUCAGCACACAGGCUCAGACAGCUGCAAAUAGUUAGCACUAGUUGUGUUUUUUUUUAAUCAACUCUUGUAUUUGAGAAAAUAUUCCAGAUCUGAAAGUAAAGGAGGUGAGAGCAUGAUAGGAAAGUGGGCUUGACUCCCAGGUAUUUUGUAACAAGAAUAUUUAUUUGUUCUCAAAAUGCCACACUGAAUAAUUUCAAAUACAAAAAAGCAUUUGUUUAAACAAUCGCUUCUAUUUCGCUAGCUCUUCAUCCCAAGAUGUUUUACAAGUUACUGCAGGGAUCUUGUCUGCUGCUGCAGCACUGCACCCUGUUCUGGGAUGGAAACAUGGCAGCUGUUUAACAGCCACACUGGACAACAGGGUAGGACAGGAAAUGAAGAAGAACAUGGCUUCCUAUUGAGGCUGCAAAGGGAGUUUAGGUUGAAUUUGCCCAGGACUCUGAGGUUACCAUCCUUCUCUCACAACAGAUGCCACAAGUGGUCCAGACCGCAGUUUUAUAUCCCAUCCAGAGGUAAUACCUCCAGCAACCCACUGUCCUAUAGCCCUGUGCUUGGAAUAAUAGCUCUUUAUUGAGUCAGAGGGAAGAGCACCACCUACUAAACUGUCAGCAUUACUUCUUGCAGCACCUGCUUUUUCCCCCUGUGGUCUCCCAGGGCUAACCCUGCUUAGUUUGUCAACACAGAGGAACACAUAGCCUGAGCUGAGAUGGUUUAAGGUGAUAGGUAGCUUGUAAAGUAAAUGCUGUUUAUACCACACAUUUGAAAGUGCCAGGCCUGCUGCUGUGAUACAUACACCCUGCUCGUAUCAGUGGUCAUUGUUUGCAGGGAGCUAGUUGCCCUCUAAAGCUUUGUGCUGCUGGAGCUUUUGACUGUGAUCUCUCCCAUGUGGAGCAAGUGUAAACACUCUUCUGUGUGGUGCAGAUGGCUGGGGGAGGAUGAUGCUGCUGGCUUUGUGCUUGGUUGGUAUAUCUUCAUCGUGUUCUGUUCUUACCACUGUGCUAAGAGCUCAACAGGUCCAGUUACCCCUCUGAAUACAGCACAUGCUAAAUCAUAACAUCGGGGCCCACUGAGAGAUGAUGCUGAAGGCAAAAGAGAAGCAGGAUUGAGCCCUGCACCGUGGCCUUAGGUUCGAAGGGCAUGGUAUCAUCUUGGACAAUGGUGCUACUGCACCAUGGGCUUGGGGUGGGAACAGCAGAAUGGCUGAUUCCUGAAAAAUGAAGCUUGGAUAAAUGCUUCACUGGGCAAAGAGUCUUUUUCCAGCUGUCUGGGGUGGUUGCAAUAAAAUGGAUCCUCAGAAACCUUGAGGCUGCAAAA